AUGAGUAGUGUUAAGGAAACCGUCAAGGAGAGAUUGGUGGGCAGCACAGAGGAACCUCAGCUGUCGCACCAAGCCCGAUCCAAUUUCCUUCGUCAUGCACAGAAGGACGAAAAUGGGGAGCCAUACAUGACCGAGGACGACUUCAUCAAUGCUGUUGCCCCCAAACAGGAGGACUAUCACAAGAUCAAGCGCGAACAGUAUGGCAUCCUGUUCCAGGUGGCAGACCGACGCAGACACGGCAAGCUCUCCCUGUCCGACUGGGCUACUUUCGAGAACCUCCUUACCAAGCCCGACGCCGAAUACGAAAUCGCCUUCCGCCUGUUCGAUCUCGAUGGAUCCGGCAGUGUCAAGUUUGACACUGUCCAGGGUCUUUACAACUUGAACAAGACCGCCGAUAGCAUUCCUUUUGAUUGGAACUCCGAGUGGGCUUCGCUUUACACUGGCCGCACCAAGACGCGCCAUGACAUGACCUACCCCCAAUUCUCCCAGAUGUUGCGCGGACUGCAGGGCGAGCGCAUCCGCCAAGCUUUCCACAUCUUCGACAAGGACGGAGAUGGCUACAUUGAGCCCGAGGACUUCCAGCGCAUCAUCCUCGAGACUUCGAAGCACAAGUUGUCCGACCAUGUGCUUGAACACCUGCCCUCACUCUGCAACAUCUCGGCCGGCACCAAGAUCUCCUACGCUACCGUCCGUGCCUUCCAAAACAUCAUGCGUGAGAUGGAUAUCAUCGAUGUCGUUGUCCGGGAGGCCACAAAGAAGAGCGCCGACGGCAAAAUCACUCGCGCCGACUUCCUUAACGAGGCCGCUCGGGUCACCCGUUUCUCCCUGUUCACCCCCAUGGAGGCCGAUAUUCUGUUCCAUUUCGCCGGCUUAGAUGCUCCGUCUGGACGCCUUGCCCAGAAGGACUUUGCCAAGGUCAUUGAUGCCUCAUGGCGUCUCCCCAUGGCUGUUGCGGGCCAAGCUGUGGGAGUUGCAGUUGAGAAGACCUCAUCCUUCCUCCACAGCAUGCUUGAAUCGGCACACCACUUUGCUCUUGGUAGCAUUGCUGGUGCGUUUGGCGCUUUCAUGGUGUACCCUAUCGACUUGGUCAAGACCCGUCUGCAGAACCAGCGAUCCACUCGUCCCGGUGAGCGUUUGUACAACAACUCUAUUGACUGCGCCAGGAAGGUUAUUCGCAACGAGGGUUUCACCGGUCUGUACUCUGGUGUCAUUCCGCAACUGAUUGGUGUGGCGCCGGAGAAGGCCAUCAAGCUCACAGUCAACGAUCUGGUCCGAGGUGCUCUCACCGACAAGGAUACCAGUAAGAUUUGGACCCCCUAUGAGGUUCUGGCCGGUGGUACUGCUGGUGCUUGUCAAGUGGUUUUCACAAACCCCUUGGAGAUUGUCAAGAUUCGUCUGCAGGUGCAGGGUGAGGUUGCUAAGAACGUCGAGGGCGCUCCUCGCCGUUCGGCUCUGUGGAUUGUGAAGAAUUUGGGUCUCGUGGGCCUGUACAAGGGAGCCAGCGCUUGUCUCCUUCGUGAUGUCCCAUUCUCGGCCAUUUACUUCCCUACAUAUGCACACCUGAAGACCGAGAUGUUCGGCGAGACCGCCACCAACAAACUCGGUGUGCUCCAGCUUCUGACUGCCGGUGCCAUUGCUGGUAUGCCCGCUGCUUACCUGACCACCCCCUGCGAUGUGAUCAAGACCCGUCUGCAGGUGGAAGCCCGCAAGGGCGAGACUAAGUACACCAGCCUGCGCCACUGCGCCACAACUGUGUGGAAGGAGGAGGGACUGAAGGCCUUCUUCAAGGGUGGCCCUGCCCGUAUCAUGCGUUCAUCGCCGCAAUUCGGUUUCACUCUCGCCGCUUAUGAAGUUCUGCAGAAGAGCUUCCCCCUGCCAGGCUCUCAUGAGGAUGAGACCCCCACCGGCAAGGUGGAGCCGGGUGUUGGCUUGACUGGUGCUACAGCUCCUCUCCCCUACCUCCGUUCAAGGAACGCUCUGAAGCUCAUCCUUGACUUGGAACCCAACAUUGGCCGCGUGCAGGUCCCUCACCCUGAGAAUUGGCCCAAGAUCCUCCAGGGUUCCAAGCAGUAA